AGACGACAGUACCUUGUCAUUUUGUAAAAGAUGCAUCCUUGCGUUCCUCUCUGAAUUAAAGUGUUGAUUUUAUAGUUGGGAAUGUAAGAGAUUAAUAUAUAUGUAUAUAUAAUAUAACAAUAAUUCAAACAAAGUAAAAUUAACUUUGUGUAAUUUAAAACACGCUAUCACCAUUGAGGACGAAAAGAAAAGUGUAAUACAACAACUCUUAUUAAUUUGCAUGUUUCGUUUGCCGAUGCUUUGUGCUUUUUUAUUUAAUUAUACAAACAUAGGUAUUACUAGUUGCCAAUAUGCUUUUAGCGUUUUAGCAUGUUAAUUAAUUUACAGCUAUUUGAUAGUUGACUUUGAUUUCUGCUAAAAGAGAAUGGAACCUGCCCUUCCUUCCCAAACCUUUGUUCCUCCAGCUGGUAUAGGAACUCCUCCAAUAAUCCCUCAAGUACCUAUGCCUGCUUUAGGAGCAUUUCCAUCUAUGAUUCCAUCUUUCAAUGUACCUCCACCAGGAUUUGGCAACUUUGGUCCUCCAGGAGUUGUACCGCCGAAUAUAGCUCCUAUUGUUCCAGGCAGUGAAUGGAGUGAACAUAAAGCUCCUGACGGAAGAACCUAUUAUUAUAAUUCUGCUACAAAACAGAGUUCCUGGCAAAAGCCGGACCAACUAAAAACACCUGCCGAGCUGUUAUUGUCACAAUGCCCCUGGAAAGAAUAUACAGCUGAUAGUGGUAAAAUUUACUACCAUAAUGUAAAUACAAAAGAAUCUAGAUGGGUUAUACCUCCUGAACUAGAAGAAAUAAAGAAGAAAAUAGCAGCUGAAGAAUUGAAACCUUCUUCGGGUGCUGCUACUCCUAGGGAAGUGAACAGCCCAGUACCUAUCUCACAACCUCUUGUAGUGUCUACAGGAUCCACUGGACCAAACUCUCCAGCAAUUUCAAAUGCAAGUCCUGGAGGAAAAAGUGCUCUGGAAGCAGCGAUGGAAGCAACUUUAGCAGCUAUCUCAUUACCGAAUCCUCCUGCAAAACCAGAUGAGGAUUCGAAACCUUCAAAUCAAGAUGUUGUAAAAGAGCCUCGUAUUUCAACACCAGAACCAAAGGUAUUUAAAGAUAAAAAAGAAGCUAUGGAGGCUUUCAAAGAGCUUUUAAAGGAUAAAAAUGUACCAUCCAAUGCCAGCUGGGAGCAAUGUGUUAAAAUAAUAUCUACAGAUCCCAGAUAUGAAACAUUUAAGAAGCUGAAUGAGAAAAAACAGGUUUUCAAUGCAUACAAGACUCAAAAACAAAAAGAUGAAAAAGAUGAACAAAGACUGAAAUCCAAAAAGUAUAAGGAAAACUUGGAAGAAUUUCUUCUUACCACUGAUCUUAUCAGUUCAACUACGAAAUACUAUAGAUGUGAUGAAUUAUUUAGUACUAUGGAGGUAUGGAGCAAUGUCAAUGACUCUGAUCGCAGAGAUAUUUAUGAUGAUGUUAUGUUUACUUUGGCAAAAAGAGAAAAAGAAGAAGCAAAAAAUCUGAAAAAGCGUAAUAUGAAAAAACUAGCCGAGGUCCUCGAAUGUAUGACAAAAAUAAAUUUUGAUACUACAUGGUGUGAAGCACAGGUGCUGCUUUUAGAAAACAAUACUUUCAAAAACGAUGUUAAUUUACUUGCUAUGGAUAAAGAAGAUGCUCUUAUAGUAUUUGAAGAGCAUAUUAGAGUUUUGGAAAAAGAAUAUUUAGAAGAGAAAGAACGAGAAAAACGAAGAUUGAAAAGACAGUGUAGAAAAAAUAGAGAUCAAUUUUUAGCUUUAUUAGAUCAUUUACAUGAAGAAGGAAAGUUAACAUCCAUGUCUCUUUGGGUGGAAUUGUAUCCCAUUAUUUCAGCUGAUAUAAGAUUCUCAGCUAUGCUAGGCCAGAACGGUUCAACUCCUUUGGAUCUCUUCAAAUUUUAUGUGGAAGAUCUCAAGUCUCGAUUCCAUGACGAGAAGAAAAUAAUUAAAGAAAUCUUGAGGGAAAAAGAAUUUGAAGUUCAAAUUGAUACAACUUUUGACCAAUUUGCUACAGUAAUAUGUGAAGAUAAGAGAUCUGCAACUUUAGAUGCUGGAAAUGUGAAGUUAACCUAUAAUGCAUUCUUAGAAAAGGCGGAAGUUAAAGAAAAAGAGAGACAGAAAGAAGAAAAUAAAAGGAUUAAAAAGUUGGAGAUUAGUUUUAAGGCCCUUUUAAAGGAAAUGAAUAUAGACUUUGAACAGUCCUGGGAAGAAGUGAAAACAAAAUUAGAGAAAGAAGAGGAAUAUUUAGCGUUUGAGUCAGAUAGUGAACGGCAACGUGUAUAUAAGGAAUAUCAACAUGAAAUGGAGGAAUCGUGUAGUCAUCAUCAUUCUCGAUUUAAGAGAUCGAAGAAAAAAAAGAAGAAAGCAUAUAAAUCAUCAUCUAGCGAUUCCGAUAGCGAAAAACAUAAAAAAUCUUCGAAACAUCGAUCAAAAAGUCCGACCCCAUAUUCGGAAGAUAGCAGUGAGGAAUAUAGGAAAAAGAAAUCCAAGAAAAAACACAAGAGAAAAAUGUCCCCUAACACACCGCCAGAUAAGCACGUCAGCCGAGGCGAGUCUGAAGGAAGACGAGGAGAAAUGAGCGAGACAGAAUUAGAGAAGCAGAGGGCGCUGUUGUUGGCUAAAUUAAAUGAAAGUGAAUGACAAUAUUAAUGUAAAUUACGCCAUUAGGAAGUUUUAUAUUUUUACUCAAAAAUCAUUUAAUUUCUUAAUGUAUUUGUAUGAUUAAGUUGAAAUAUCAUUAUUGUAAUAACUUUUAUUGUUCGACAGUUUUGUAUAUUAAAAAAAUCUUCUGGGACUAAAAAAUA